CCUGAAUAAUUUCUCCUCUCAACCCAUCCCACCGCUGGCAUCCCAUACAGCUCGUUAACUCUUCCCAACGACGUUCAAAAUCUAAAAAAAUCAAUUCCGUAUCCUUCACGGGUUGCAAGAAAACAACUUCCAUGUCGCCCACUAUUUAAGCUCAAUAUGCCUUCCUCACUUUCCACGAGCUCCACAAGUAAAAAGGAGCAGGGCCGCCGAGCUCAAAACAACCAUCUCAAGCUAUUGCUUCGACUGAAACAAUGUCAAGAUCCGAUAUUUAUCCCCUCUUCUUCCUCUUCUUGCUUCUCUCUUUCCGCACAGUUUUAGCUCAAAACCCCGUCUUUGCUUGCGACGUCGAUGGGAAUCCCAGCCUAGCAAAUUUUGCCUUUUGUAAUCGGAGUCUGGAUAUCGAUUCCAGAGUGAAGGAUUUAGUUGGGAGGCUUACAUUGCAGGAAAAGGUUGGAUUUUUGGGUAAUAAGGCUGUUGCUGUGACGAGGUUGGGGAUCCCAAGCUAUGAAUGGUGGUCGGAAGCGCUUCAUGGUGUUUCUUAUGUUGGUCCAGGAACCCAUUUCUCGAGCUUGGUACCUGGAGCAACGAGUUUUCCUCAAGUGAUUUUGACUGCUGCUUCCUUUAACACUACUUUGUUCACAGCCAUUGGAAAGGUGGUUUCGACAGAGGCUCGAGCAAUGUAUAAUGUGGGACUUGCUGGGCUCACUUUUUGGAGCCCCAAUGUAAAUAUAUUUCGAGAUCCUCGGUGGGGGAGAGGGCAAGAAACCCCCGGCGAGGAUCCAUUGUUGUCAAGCAAAUAUGGUUCUUCCUAUGUUAAAGGCUUGCAGGAAGCUGAUGAACCUGAUAAACUCAAGGUUGGAGCCUGCUGCAAGCACUAUACUGCAUAUGAUGUUGAUAAUUGGAAGGGGAUUCAGCGCUACACCUUUAAUGCAAUUGUCACAAAGCAAGAUCUGGGUGAUACGUUUAAUCCUCCAUUCAAGAGCUGUGUGACUGAUGGGAAUGUGGCAAGUGUAAUGUGCUCUUACAAUCAGGUUAAUGGAAAGCCCACUUGUGCUGAUUCUGAUCUUCUUGCUGGAACCAUUAGAGGAGAUUGGAAGCUUAAUGGAUAUAUAGUUUCUGAUUGUGAUUCUGUUGAUGUGCUCUAUAAUAGCCAACAUUAUACUAAGACUCCUGAGGAUGCAGCAGCUAUAACCAUCAAGUCUGGCCUUGAUCUGGACUGUGGAACAUUCCUGCCCCAGCAUAGCCAGGCUGCAGUCCAAGCUGGCAAGUUGGCUGAGACUGAUGUCGAUCGGGCCAUUGGCAACAACUUUGCGACCCAGAUAAGACUUGGGUUCUUUGAUGGCAAUCCAAGCAAGCUCCCAUACGGCGGGCUGGGUCCGAGCGAUGUGUGCACUAAAGAUAAUCAAGAGUUAGCUCGAGAGGCCGCGAGGCAGGGGAUUGUGUUACUCAAGAACUCUAAUGAUGCCCUCCCCCUCAAUCCAUCCAAGUUGGGAUCUCUUGCAGUUAUUGGCCCCAAUAUUAAUGUCACAAAGACCAUGAUUGGUAACUAUGAAGGAACACCUUGCAAGUACACAACACCACUGCAGGGUUUAAUUCAAGCAGCCUCAAAUUCGAAGAUCACCGCGGUGCAAGGUUGCUCGGAUGUGAGCUGCUCAGCCAACGGAUUCCAGCUAAACCCAGCCAAGCAGGCGGCAGCACAGGCCGACGUCACCAUCCUCAUUGUUGGUGCAGACCAAUCCAUAGAGCGCGAGGGCUUUGACAGAACUGACCUGAACCUUCCAGGGCAGCAGACAGUCCUGGUUCAAGAGGUCACCAAAGCUGCCAAAGGCUUGGUGAUCCUUGUGAUCAUGUCAGGAGGCCCAUUUGACAUAACAUUUGCAAAGAAUGAUGACAAAAUUUCUAGCAUUCUUUGGGUUGGGUACCCUGGUGAAGCUGGUGGUGCUGCCAUUGCUGAUGUUUUGUAUGGAAAGUUUAAUCCAAGUGGGAGACUGCCAGUUACUUGGUACCCUCAAUCUUUUGCUGACAAGGUACCGAUGACCGAUAUGCGAAUGAGGCCCGAUUCAUCGACGGGCUACCCAGGUAGGACUUACCGGUUCUACACCGGUGAUGUGGUCUAUUCAUUUGGAGAUGGCUUGAGCUACACUAACUUCAAACACAAGCUAAUAAAUGCUCCCAAGCUCGUCUCUGUUCCUCUUGAAGAAGGGCAUGAAUGCUACAAAAAGAGCUGUAGCUCCAUUGAUGUUACGGAGAGUUUAUGCCAAAAUCUGGCAUUCGAUGUCCACAUGAGAGUGGAGAAUAGUGGAGCCAUGGUUGGAGGCCAUACUAUAUUUCUCUUCUAUACGCCACCAAAUGUUCAUAACUCGCCAAAGAAGCAUUUGCUUGGGUUUGAGAAGGUGAAGCUGGAGCCAAAGGCUGCAAGGAAUGUGGUGUUCAGUGUGGAUUUUUGCAGGGAUAUGAGCUUGGUUGAUGAAAUGGGAAAUAAGAAAGUGGCAUUGGGAUCUCAUGUGUUACAUGUUGGAGAUUUGAAACAUUUCUUGACCGUUGGAGUUUGAGGAAUUGGGUGAAUUGGAUCUUUUUAUGAAUUAGGGACUUCCAAAGGAAAUCAAGAAUUUAUUUCCAUGGAAGUUGUUUGAUUCAAUUGUAACCUUAAAUAAGGUUUAUUCUUCAUUUGGCCAUUUUUAAUAUGAAUCCAAUUGAACAGAAAUUUGUGGAUUAAUUGAUAUCAUAUUUAGGGUUCUUGGA